GAUAGAGAGAUAUCUUGGCGCCGUCCCGCGUGCGCUCUUCUCAGUGGGGGGCUCAAUCCGGUUCUUCGAGCUCGCUAGGGUUAGGGUUUCCAUCUAAGCUCCGAAGAUGAUGCAGCCCGGCGGAGGGACGAUGCAAGGGCAGAUGGACCAGCAGCAGAUGGGUCAGAGCCAGGCGCAGUGGGGCACGAUGGCGCCGCUCCAGCUGCAGUACCAGCAACCACCGCCGCCGCCGAUGUGGAGCCAGCAGCAGCCGCAAAUUCCCCCUCAAAUCCCAUCGCAACAGCAGCAGCAGUACCCUCCACAGUACCAUGCACCCCCGCCGCCGCCGUCACAGUACCAGGUGGCUGCCGCGAUGCAGCAGCCGGGAUCGUCUGAUGAGAUUCGCUCACUUUGGAUCGGGGAUUUGCAGUAUUGGAUGGACGAGGCUUACCUUCAGAGUUGCUUCUCCCAGCCCUUACAGAACGGAGAGCUUCUUUCUAUGAAAAUCAUCCGCAAUAGGCAGACUGGUCAUUCUGAGGGUUAUGGUUUUCUAGAAUUUGCAACACAUGCCAUUGCAGAGCGGAUUCUUCAAACAUAUAAUGGCCAGAUGAUGCCUAAUAUUGAUCAAGCUUAUAAAAUGAAUUGGGCAUCACCGGGAGCUGGUGAGAGGCGUGACAUUGGUGCUGAUCAUACCAUAUUCGUUGGAGAUUUGGCUUCAGAUGUUACUGAUUACAUUUUGGAAGAGACAUUCAAGGCUGUCUAUUCCUCUGUAAAGGGAGCAAAGGUUGUGAUUGACCGAACUACUGGACGCUCUAAAGGCUAUGGCUUUGUUAGGUUUGGAGAUGUCAAUGAACAAAAUCGAGCUAUGACUGAAAUGAAUGGAGCGUACUGCUCUUCAAGGCCUAUGCGGAUUGGUCCUGCAGCCAGCAAGAAGAGUGCUGAUGCUCCACAACAAUAUACUGCAAAAGCAUCAUAUCAGACACAAGGAACUGAUUCUGAGAGUGAUCCAAACAAUACAACACUAUUUGUUGGUGGGCUGGAUGCUAAUGUAAGUGAGGACCUUUUGCGGGAAACCUUCUGCAAGUAUGGGGAAUUAGUUCAUGUGAAGAUACCCGUAGGCAAGGGGUGUGGGUUUGUUCAAUUUGCUUACAGAGCUAAUGCCGAGGAAGCUUUAAAGUUGUUGCAUGGAACCUUGUUGGGUGGCCAGAACAUUCGCCUUUCCUGGGGCCGCAGUCCUAACAAACAGCUACAACCUGAUUCAAACCAAUGGAAUGGUAGUCACUAUGGCUACGGCCAAGGAUAUGACAUGUAUGGUUACGCUCCUCCGCCUCCUCAAGAUCCGAACAUGUAUGCAUAUACCGCGUACCAAGGAUAUGGAAAUUAUCAGCAGUAACAGUGAUCAUUGGUACAAGGUGGCGACGUGCUUUUGGUUUUGUCCACACAAUUUGCUUUCUAGUCCUCGUCAAUGGUUUAGGUUAAUUAUUACUGGUCCUAAUGGCCCCCUUGUAUGUUUGGUAGUCUGGCACCAACUUUUAUUAUUGUUAUUAUUAAUUCUAGGCGGGAAAUUUCUGGCUUGUACUCAAGCUAUUAUUUGUGUCAACAUAGACAGAUAUUGGGUAACAGUUAUAUAAUUGCUGUGUUAUUUUCUAGAUUUUUCUUUUAAAAUGAAAUAUGACUUUUGGCUAUU